AUGGGGGAGCAGGAUCACGAGGAUACUUCUAAGAGUGAUGGACACGUUCAUCAUCUUGAGUAUGAUAAUGAUUUCAUGGGGGUAUCCUUAGAUGACCUCAAAAAGGGAGAAAAGGUGACUAUGAUGGCCCACCAGUGCUCUUCUUGGAUCUUCGUGAAUGAGAGGACAUUCCUUACUGGGGAACAACUUAAUUCUUUAUUGAAGACCUAUAACAUUUUUUAUGCGAAUCAGGAAAAUCUGCAUAUUUCAUACGGACAGACUAAAGAUGGUAAACUAAUUGUUGAAGGAAUGUUGGACAUUUUCUGGGGAGUGAAACGGCCUAUACAGCUGAAAAUACAAGAUGAGAAGCAAAUCCCUUCUUUUACUGUGAAGUCACCAGAUGUCUUUUGCAAAAUGGGAAUGACACGCUGGGGAGAAUUUGAUGAUCUUUACCACAUUAGUGAACUGGACAGAACCCAGAUUACAGUGUCCGAAGCAAUGAAUUCCCAGAAAGAUUAUUUAUCUUAUCACAGCAGCACUCUGAAGCCUCUUGCAGAUGAAGAGCCAGAAUCUCCAUUGCUCUAUAGAACCAUGAGUGAAGCAACCCUGGUAAGAAAAAGGAUGAAGCUUCCAAUGAUGGACAGAAAAGACAGACAGAAACAUCGAGCCUCUAUUAAUGGACACUUUUAUAACCAUGAAACAUCAAUUUUCACUCCAGCCUUUGGAUCAGAAACUAAGGUCAGAGUAAACAGUGACAUGAACACUGAAGAAGUAAUAAAGCAACUUCUUCAAAAAUUUAAGAUUGAAAACAGUGCCCAGGAUUUUGCACUUUACAUUGAUUUUGCAACUGGAGAAAGAAGACGGCUAAAGAAGACAGACAUCCCACUACUGCACAGGCUCCUACAGGGACCCUCCAAAAAGAAUGCUCGCAUUUUCCUCAUGGAUAAAGACACAGAGGAAAUUAGCAGUGAUGUGGCUCAGUACAUUAACUUUCAUUUUUCUCUCCUGGAAUCCAUCCUUCAAAGAUUAAAUGAAGAUGAGAACAGAGAGAUUCAAAGAACAAUAACAAAAUUCAGUACAGAAAGGGCAAUUAUACUGAAAUAUCUUCAAAGUAAACAGGUAGUACAAACAGAGACAACGGUUUAG